CUCUCCCUCUCUCUCUCUCGUUCAUUGUGUUCAGCAGAGGGGAUUGAAUUUGGCUCCUGAACUGUUACGUUUUCACGGAGCUCAGAGCGAGUCGCAUUCAACAGCACACACACACUCUCACGCACACACUCACACACACACACUCUCACACACACACUCGCACACACGCGCACACAGGCAGGAUUGUCAGCAAGCGCAGCGCGGUGCUCUGUGGGAUUGCAACCACAAGUGGACUGGUCUGGUCUGGACCUCCAAGCCACCCUCAAACACUGAGCUAGGAGGAGGAACAGGGAAACACUGCUUUAACGAGAGGAGAGGUCGCCUGUGGUGGACAAAGCUGCUACAAAACUACUUGGAGAAUGGAAAAAACAUAAGGAAAAAUACAAACUCCUUUACCCUAUAGAGAAAAAUGCUGAGUAAAGUUUGUGGUUAAUUGUUCAUGGAAUAUACCCUGCUAUAUUGAAACUGCUGCUUUCUGUAAAGGCAAUCUCAAAAGACAAAGCCCUGCUCUGAGACUUUGACCUCUGGUCUGACCCACCAUAGAGGACUGUUCUAAAGCCUCAGCUUGACACUGAGGAUGGGGUUUACCAUGGCAGCAUGCCCCCUGUCCUGCCUCCUCCUCUUCCUAUCCUUCAUCCUGACGGGGCCCAGCCUGGCCCAGGACCUCACCAGCUCCACCACCACUGACUCGGACACUGUCCAAACCCAGACAGCCAAUCAGACAGCUCCGAUGACCCCCACCACGACGGAGCCCGUCACCACGUUAGUAACCACAGAGUUCAGCGGCGUGUCGACGCCCAGCGGCGACAUCGCGGAUGAUGAGGAUGCCAUCCCUACCAAAGGCACCCGUUGCCAAGGUUACUACGAUGUGAUGGGCCAGUGGGACCCACCUUUCAACUGCAAUAUGGGUGUUUUCCUGUACUGCUGUGGCACCUGCUUCUACCGCUUCUGCUGCCAGUUCAGAGGGCAGCGGCUCGACCAGAGCAUCUGCUCAAACUAUGACACACCCAUCUGGGCCAACACGGGCAAGCCCAUCUCCACGGUGACCGAUGGCCAUGGUAACCAGGAGAGAGACCGCACCCAUAUGAUUGUCUACAUCAUCUGUGGAGUGGUGGCCAUCAUGGUGCUGGUGGGCAUCUUCACCAAACUGGGCCUGGAGAAGAGCAGGGGAUCGGCAGGGGCGCAGAACGACCUCAGCAACUCCAGGGAAUAUGACCUGCUCCAGAAAGUGAGAGGGAGAGAGAGAGAGCGAGGAGAAGAAAGGCACAAAGGAAAAGAGACAAAGAGAGGAAGGAGAUCACAAUAUGGCCAGAGGACCCUGACAGAGCUUCUGAAGCAGCCCAGAGGAGAGGUUAGCUCAGUGGACAGCACAAUCACCAAUCCCCCUAUCGAAACCAACUACAUCUCAGCUAGGAUGCUACGCAGCCGCAGCGAGCACUACCACCUGAACAAUUCAGCCUUAUACCCAGGAAUGCCACACCCUCACAGCAACCUCAGUGGACUGGGCCUCAACAAGUACAACUCCCUCAGGGCUGUGGCGGACACUGCCUCUCGGGGAUACUAUAAGAGCUACCCUUUGAUGGACUUCUCCCAGUACCAGGCAGCCCCUCCAGCCUUCCAGCCCAUCUCCCUGCACCCCAAAGACAAGUCCUACCUUCACCAAGACCACCACCAACUCCCCACCCACCACAACCUCCAUGCCCCCCUCUCCAUCUCCAUCCCCCAGAGCCACCCGGAGAGGUCCCGCCUGUCCAAGACCACCAGCCACCCCCUGUUCUCUAGCUCGGCCUUGAAAGCCUGGGACACCAGUGGACGCCACGUCCAGAGGCAGACCUCCCAGCCUGGGCACAUCUCAGCACACCAGCAUGCCUAUUCCACCAGGAGACAGCACAGCGUAGAGAAUUUCCCGGAGAUGUUCAACCACCCUGUGUCAUACGGCCACCCAUCCUCCUACCACCACACCAGGCAUAAGAGCUACUCCACCAACAGCAAGACAGAGGUCACUGUCUGAGAAUGGAGCUCUGAGUUCCUCUGUAGCUACAAUGAUACAGAAACAGAUACAAACAUGUACAGGAUACAGAGGAGUGUCGGAGUGUUUCAAAGAUACUGGAUGAAGUGGGGUUAAAAGAUAGGGCAACAAUGCAUCAGCAUCGCCACCCACCACCAUGACUCAAGUAGAAUAACUGAACCACAAAGAUCACCAAGACAUUGAUAAUGCAAGAGAAACACUGUCGCUCUCUGAACACCUCUGAGCCUCAGAACCUGGACCCUCUCGGUCUCUAUGUCUACCACAACUCCUUGUUGCUCGAAACCUUUCUUUAACUCUACUACAUCUCUCCAUGCAUUCUUCUCUGGUCUUGUUCUUUCGCCUCUAUCCUCUAUUUCCCACUCCCACAGCUCCCCCCUCUCUCAGCCCUUAGAAGCGCUGUGUUCAGGCCAUUAGAGGGAUGAUGGCACCCCCGGGGCCACAUUAACUCGACAGGGACAAUGCCAUCCUCACGUCAGCUCUAAUCAGCCUCUGCCCCAGCACAAGACAGAGAGAGAGAAAGGGAGAGAGACAGGUAGGGAGAGAGUGGGAAAUCACUCUAGGGAUCUGUAGAGGAAAGCCGGAUGACAGGAGAGGACAAAGUAUAUAUGUACAGAUUUUUCUUCCCUGGGGCUGAAAUGAAGGAGUCAUUGUGGAUCUGGAGACUGUCUAGCCUGGGUGCCAGUCUGUUUCUGCUCUCUUGCCAGCUCCUUAUGGAAUUGUUACGGCUUGACAACGACAAUGGAGUAGGCAAUGGCACAAACAGAUCUGGGACCAGGCUAGAGACUGGGUAUUGAUGGAGUGUUUAUUAGUGCGUGUGAGUAUGUGAGGACACACUGGGCUGUCAGUGUAAGGGAAUUUGUUGCAGCAUCUCAGACCCCAGAGGAGGUCUUCCGUGUUUUCCCUCGAUGCACGGACAGUAAAGGGCACAGACAAGAGCUCUAGAGGUGUUGCUAAGGCUACCAGGCUCUCUUUAAAUGGCAAGGGAUGUACCCUAUUCUACAAAUGGUGCAUCUAUUUGUUUACCAGGACAAUGAUUAACCACUGAAGGAGAAUAAAGAAACAAAACUGUUGUUGAAAAGUAGGAUACUUGUACAUGACUAAAUGUCACAUAACAGGGAGGGGACUAGUGAUAGUAGCACCUUUGGUCAGUUUCAGUAGUUCUAAAACCCAGACAAUGGUGCAGAAAUGUGUAAGGACCAAUGAAGUCUAAUCGACGCUACGGUCUCUCGGAAGGUAUUGGGUUGAGCACAAACUCACUCUAACAAGGUACACACAUGUAGCCUUGUAGGACCAUCCUGAUCUCGCGAGCUAGCAAGAUUAAGAUGGCCAUACGAGGCUAACACACAUGUAGCCUUGUAGGACCAUCCUGAUCUCGCGAGCUAGCAAGAUUAAGAUGGCCAUACGAGGCUAACACACAUGUAGCCUUGUAGGACCAUCCUGAUCUCGCGAGCUAGCAAGAUUAGGAUGGCCAUACGAGGCUAACACACAUGUAGCCUUGUAGGACCAUCCUGAUCUCGCGAGCUAGCAAGAUUAGGAUGGCCAUACGAGGCUAACACACAUGUAGCCUUGUAGGACCAUCCUGAUCUCGCGAGCUAGCAAGAUUAGGAUGGCCAUACGAGGCUAACACACAUGGCCAACGUACUGGCUGCACACUUCAGAUGAAUCCACUUCCAGAAGUGGAUUGCUAAUGAAGGCAAUGAAUACAACUAAACUCUUUACAUGAGUCAUGAUCAUGAUGCAUUACUACCCCUUACCUCGCACAUCCCUACCCUUCCUCCUUUUCGACAAGUAGUCUAACGUUUAAGAGCUUAUGCGCCAGUAACCGAUAGGUCAUUGGUUCGAAUCCCCAAGCCGACUAAAUGAAAAAUAUGUCAAUGUACCCUUGAGCAAGGCACUUAACCCUAAUUGCGCCUAUAAGUCACUCUGAAUAAAUGACUAACAUGUAAUCUUCUCUCUAUUCCUCCUUAUCUUCUCUCUAUUCCUCCUCAUCUUCUCUCUAUUCCUCCUCAUCUUCUCUCUAUUCCUCCUCUACCGUUUUCUAAUCAGCUCCUCUCCAGUUGUAAUCAUAGCCUUCUUUCAUCUCUUCCUUCUCUCGGCUCUCUCAUCAAGUCUCUAUUCACCCCUUCUUUUGGAGAGCUAUUUUCUCUCUCAUUCCCUCCCUAUUACUCGCUCAUGUUCCCUCUGUUCUCUGGCUCCAGGCGGUGUAACUGAUAGUCCUUUGGUCCCCUGCUCUGUUUCCCAGUCCCAUCACCCCAUGUCCCAUAGCCCCAGAAUGCAGGUUUGCUUGCGUGUGUAUGUAUGUGUUUCAGGGCAGUGGGCUGAGACAAGGGCAUGUGUACUCUCACAUGAACAUGAUUAAAACGACCAGACACUGUUUAAAUGACUCCCGCGCCAAUAGUAGCUUUUAAAACAAAUGUUUUGACGACAAGAACAGAAAACAGACCUAUUUUCAGCUAAGUUUUCCACUGAAUGCUUCCUGUCCUCAACUGAAAACCAAACACAGCCUAUGCAAUGAAAAACCUGUAACACUGUAUCAACAUCAACACGCUAGCAUUACACCCUCACAACAAAUUGUAAGAUACCACCACCACAACGACUACCGCAACUGGUCAUAACCAUGUCAUAACAGCUGACAUAACUUGUCAUAACCUGUCAUAAUGGUCAUAACACUGUCAUGACCUAUAUAUUUUCACCUGUUGUGAUAUAUAUUGUGUUACUUUAUGGCUGGUUAUGACACCUACAUAAGUGUCGAAACCCACAUUUUUUUCAAUUUCUUAAAAUGCUUUUUUAA